AUGUCUGAAAAGCUCACCAAGAAACAGCUGAAGGCUCUUCAGUUCAAGUCGAAGAGCUCCAAAAAAGCAGCAGAGACGCUCGAAAAGGUCGAACAGACCAAACAGGAACAGCCACAGCCGCCAAAGAAAAAGACCCGCAGAAGAAAGGCCUCUACCGAGGAUAAAAAGGAUAAAAAAAUCUUAUUUAUCGGUAACCUACCCUACAACGUGACGAGCGACGACCUGCAGACCCACUUUAAAAGCGCCAAACCCGACAAGGUGCGAGUUCGCCAGGAUAAGGGAAUAGCGUUCUUGGAGUUUGGUACGGAGGCAGAAGACUCGCUCAGCAGAGUGGAAACUGCUUUAAAGAUGCACCAUUCGCUAAUGAACAAUCGAAAGAUAAAUGUGGAAUUAACAGUUGGCGGAGGCGGAAACUCGAAAGAACGGCUCUCCAAAAUCAAAGAUAAAAACGAGAAACUGGACAAGAGACGGAAACAGCUCGACUUGAAGCGUCGCAUGCACGAAAUGGAAAAACGCAAUGCGUCCAGCACAAACAACGACACCAGCAGCAACGACCAAGCUUCAGCCACCGGCUCCACGGGCUUGUCCGUGCACCCGUCCCGGUUGAAGCUUCUUGAGAAAUGA